AUGGCGGACCCGUCCAAGAUCCCUGACCAACCGCCCAUGCUCGAGCGACGGUCGCUCUGCCUCGCGGGCAAUCAUCCGGGUGUGCCACUACAUUGCGAUGAAGAGGGCUUCCUCCAGAACCUAGAAAAGUGUUUUGAGCCGGGCGAGAACAAUGUCGCCGAGAAGAUAGUGCAGUUGAAGCGCGAACUGAGGAAUGCGGAUACGGAGGCGUUCUGGAAAAGACUCAUGGAAGGGAUGACCGAGAUCUGCCAUGCACAAUAUGGCUUCGUCGCCAAACGGAUAUUGACUGAUGAUCAUGAUUCGGCGGUUGAGAUGCCGCCCAUUGGAGAGCCAGGGUCUUGUUUGCUGGGAGUGGCCUUCUACUACAAUGAUGGCGACAAACAUAAAGCCAUGCAUCGCGAUUACAAGUACAUGGCCUGGGGAGCGCCUUGUGAGUAUAUGAAGCACGACAAGGUCUUCUUGAUCCCGGAUCAGAUGAGCUCGUUCAUCCCACACAACCCCAACGCCUUACCGUUUCCUGCCGAGGGUUAUUUAGCGGUUCCUCUGUUUCAUGAGGAGAAGUGUUUCGCCCAUUUUGGUAUGAUGUGGACGCAAGAGGGUUUGGGUCGGCGUGACACGUCCUGGGGCUACACUGAAAUGCUCUUACAUUCCCUGGAAGAUAUCAUAACUGAGCGUCUGGUCAGCGGCAAGGGCUUUGCCAAACCCGAAUUUGCCAACGGCGGCCGAAUCAGCCAGGUCAUACCUCAAGAUGCCAUCACACCGGCUACCCAGUCUCUCAAACCAUUUGCGCGAAGCCUUUCGCACGAGCUGAGGACUCCUAUGCAGGGUGUUGUAGGCAUGCUGGAUGUCAUGCAUGCCACGGUGCAGGAGCAGAUAGAAGGGCACAUUCAUCCAUCCAUUCGGCGUGUAUUCCAGACGCUAAAAGAGAGCAUCGAAACGGUCCAGGACAGCGCAAAACGAGCAGUUGAGGCAGCCGACAACGUGGUUCACGCAUAUGACAUGAACAUGCAAAUCCCAGACACUCCUCAACACGACCGCGACUCUACAUCGACGAGCGGAUACUUCGACUAUAAACCUGCCAGGAUAAUCGAAGGCAGUGAUAUCCACAUUACCUCUUAUAAGCGUCGCCGAAGCAGUCCUACGGCCUGGCAGUUUGGCAACCCUCCCAAGAUCCGCAACCUUGGUCCAUCUGCCCGCGCGGACGUCUCCCCACAAAGCGCCGUGCAUCAAUUUGUUCCACCGCCUGCUCUGACGCCCCAGACGUCAAUCUCCGAGGACUGCAGCCCGUUGGUGUUUACCCCGAUGCAAGAAGGAGUCACGCCCAGUGAUUUGACCACUCCUUCCACCAGAUUAUCUGGCGAACUGGAUGUAUUUCAAACUCCGGGACUCAAAAACUGCAGGAUUAGAGAUCUAAUUCCAACCGUGAUUCACGAGUCGCUUCGGGUUGGUGGUAGGCCGGAUUCGGCCAUUGGAGAACCCACGCGUUUAGGGGAGAGGAUCGUGGCAAGGUCUCGCUCGUCGAAUGGGAGUGUGUCGCUAAGAAGGAUAGAAUGGGCGGUGGGCCCAGGUGUCCCAGAGACGUUGCUUGUGGAUGAACGCGACCUGGCCAAGUUGAUAUCGGCCGUCUUUCUGAACGCCGUCAAGUUCACAGAGGAUGGAUAUAUUACGAUCAAGGUUCGACUGUCGGAAAAUCAGCGACAUCUGAUCGUCAACGUUAGAGACACGGGAGAUGGUAUUCCGGAGGCUUUCCAACCAGAGCUAUUCAAGCCAUUUUCCCGUGAAGAUGAUUCUUUGACCCGAUCGAAAGAGGGACUGGGACUAGGUCUUUUGGUCGCCAAAGGGCUGGCACGGCGGAUUGGUGGAGACAUCAAUCUGGUCAGAUCGGCCGUCGUUGGCCCCGACAAAGGGUCUGAGUUUGAAAUCAAGGUACCACUGAACACGGAUGGUAUCAGCCGUGCUCCGAGUCCGAGUGGUCGGCCAGCGGAAGCAUUGCAAAGUGUAGCACGGCCGUCAACAGCCUCAACUCCGUCGGGCAAGUCUCCUUCUCAGGUCCCAACGCCCGAAACCGUUCAGAGCACCAUUCCAAAGCCACCGCGAAUCCCGAACCUUUCAGCCACAACGAAGACAGUGAAAGAUUUCAGGAUCUCUCCUCCUCGUCACCCUGCCAUACGCAAAGACUCUUACGAUAGAAAUCUGGCUGAGCAGCAUCCGCUUACCUUCCUGGUUGCGGAAGACAACAAAAUCAACCGGAAGUUGCUCGUGAACAUGCUCGGCAAGCUAGGCUACAAAGACAUCCAUGAGGCCUACGAUGGCAAAGAAGCGGUCAGAAUCAUGCGGGAAGUCCAGGGAUUGGACACCAGAUGCGCUGGCUCGAAUGGCAAGCAACCCAAGAAAAAGGUCGAUGUGAUUCUGAUGGACUUGUGGAUGCCCGAGAUGGAUGGUUACCAGGCCACCGAGUGCAUCCUGGGCAUGUUCCGGAAUGGGGGAUCGGACAACGGACCAGGAUCUCAUCGCACUACCACGGCACCACCAAUUGUGUUGGCAGUCAGCGCCGAUGCUACCGAAGAGGCCAUUGAGCGUGCGACCAAGACCGGGAUGGAAGGCUUCAUGACCAAGCCAUAUAAGCUGGCGGACUUGCAGAGGCUGAUUCUGGAAUUCUGCAUCAAGAGCUCCGGCGUCCAAGGCGUGUCUUGA